CGCGCGGCGCAGAGUUGAGCGCGCAGAGUCGAGCGAAAACGAGACCUUUCGACCACCCACACUACUGAAGGGUAACGUCGAAAUGUUAUUUUUUCUUAGAAUCGAACAGAAGUAGACAAGUAGCAUUUUCUUCCGUCCUAUAACCUAAUGAAAUGAUCUUUUUAAUAGGAGUAGUUCAGUACUACUAACAUAAAUUAUGACGAGUAGUGCCUUCGUCAUCGGGCUAGUACCGGAAUGUCGCUGGGGGGUCUCAAAUCGUGUCAUGCAUUUACCUCAAUUUCUCGAUUACUAAAGCUCUGUUCGCGAUUAUAUUGACGCCUUACUAACUUUUACUUUAUAGUAACAUUUUUUUAACCAAAGCAAGCAUCUUGGAAGCAGUUUUGCUAGGUGAAAGCAAAAUUUUGUCGAGUACCGAACUGCUCCAGCGAAUGCUUCAUUUUUGGUAUUUUCCGCUAUGACAAAAAACUCAAAAACAGCUUUUGCGCCACUUCAGAUACUCACUGCGCCAGAGCUCGGAUGCGACUGCCGCCCAGUGCAUUACUUAGACCCCUCCCCCCUCCUCUUUUUUUUUUUUUUUUAAACAAAUUCUGCCUCCGGGGCGCACGCUACUGACGACUGCAGUGCCAGUAGCAUGCUUACUUUACGGACCAACCGUGUAAGGAAUGCUCAUAAAAUUAAUUACUCAUCAGGAGAAAUAAGCCUAAACUUUAGAAACUAAGACAUGAGUUUGUUACACCGCAGAAAUGAAGAGUGAUAAAGCAUUAAAAUGUUUGAUUUGGACUUGGCAAAUAAUUUAUCCCAGAAGUUGAAACUGUAGUCUGUUUCUGAUUGCCAUUGACACACUGCUGCUGUCACAGAAGAAAGCAUUCCUCAAAGGUGUACAGACAGCCUAAGAGUGCUUUUGAUUGACCAUUGCAAAAGUAAAAAAGGGAAGCAACUGCAAAAUAACGAAGGCAUUUGUGUUUUACGUGCCAUGAUGCUAAGUGCAAAAGCUUGGAUAGGACGGCACCGUCUACUGGCUUAUCAACGGCAAAGUGAUAUUCCCGAAAGUGAUGAACUACCGUUCUUGUGGGGCCUCACAACUUCACUAUGAAGUGUCCUCAUUUCUCAGCUUCAUCAGGCACGAAGUCGAAAGGGUUGCAGACAGUGUGUCGGCCAGGAUGCAUGACAGGCCAUCGCACAGCCGAGACACAGACAGGCUUGGCCCUCGUGAGCUGUGCUGCUGUCUUCUGGACGAGCUGAGGCUGACGCUGCGUGUUACGGGCCGCUUCUCAGAUGUGCCACUGGACAAGAAUCAUUGCCGCUCCAGUGACAACUGCCGUUUCCAUGUAGCACUCGAGGCAUGGUGGACUGCCCUGCGAGUGGCUGACAUCGUCAUGUCGUCCCACUUGCUCAGAGGUGCUGAAAUCUCAUUCUGUGACCUGGGCGGCUUUGGGCAGAACGCUCUCUUUGCUCAAGUAGCCGUGCUCUUCCUGGCAGACCUGUGCUGCCUGUCAUCCCGCUUUUUCCAGAGCCGAGGUGCCUUGCCGCAGGAGAGUGAAAGGGCGUUUCCUUGCACGUGCGUGCGUGACGCCUGGGCCAUGGCAGCUGAUCUCAUCGGUCGCAGGCAUGAACACUUUGCCGAAGAGGCAUUUUGGACCUACGUGAACUUUGUGCUUGAAGUGGUCUGCCCGCAGUCCACCAGAGACCUUGAACUGGACCUCAAUGGCUUCUGCCUGUCUUCAUUUUCCGUAAGUGUGGAAGAAAGUGACCGAGCUGCAUUCUGCCUGUGGAUGCUCAGUGCCAUUGCAGAGGCCAGCAAGGAUUCUCUUUGGAGCACCAAGGGAAAGUGCAACUAUGCCACAGCCCAGAAAUUUGUGAUGGCCGUGACAGCCGAGCCGAAGGAGGCACUAAUGCGAGUGGUUGUCCGUUCCUGCAUAAGCCUGCACAGGGUCUGGGAGCCAAGCAUCGAUCUUCUGCAGUCACUGCUUGACUUUUUCCUCAAGAACUUGAAUGAAAAUUUUCUUACCGGUUCAAGUGGAGUCCAAGCAUUCCAAGUCAUCUGCCAAACAAGCCAGCAGAUGCACAUCCGUGCCAGGGCACUGGUUGACAUAAACGACCUGGGGGCGAGGGGGGCAGAGAACAGCUAUGAGCUCUUCCUUAUGCUGCUAGCCCACAGUCUGCACAGGCAGUCCCCAGAGGGCAUCAGCAGUGCUUGGAAGUCGCUGCGUGGACGCAUCUGCAGCCGGUUUCACGCCAGGCGAGUAGAGGAGCUCACUGAGCUGGGCCUACAGAACUGCUCGCUGCUGUUUCUGGUGCUCGCCCUGUCCAUCGACCUGGAGGAACCGGUCGAGCGAAUGCUGUCGGUGCUUGCACUGGUGCCCGUUGAGAGCCCGGUGGAGAAGCUGCAGGUGGCCCUGAGGAGCCUGUUUGCGGUGCUCCUCCUGCUGCAGGCAAGCUCAGCUGACCUGGCUAAGGUGGCACAGAGGACAGCUGGGUGGUUCUUCGAGCGCUGCGUAGGUCUGGGGCCACAGAGUGGGAAUGCCACCAUUCAGUCAUUGCGGUCCUUGCUGCUGCCUUUCUACACUGAAGGAAUCAGGGAGCUUAUGGAUGCCAGCUCACAGCUAGACUGCUCAGAGCACGCACUGCUGGUGCCUGAGAUGACCUUGCUGCUGGACCAAUGUUCCACUUCACAGCAAGAGGACGUGCUGGGAACCAUCCAUGAAGUGGCAGAAAAGCUGAGGAUGGUCCACAAGCGGGCUCUUUCUCGGAACCUUGAAAGAACUGAUGGUGACAGAAAACUGCUGGCACAGCACAGGGGCUUCAGUGAAGCCAUCUUCAAAAGUACGCUGCAGGUUCUGCACAAGGCACUGGCGCUACCUGUCCAGGCUGCAUCGCCAGCCACCUGCUUCACCGACCUGGCCGUGAACCUCACGCUUCUAGCACUUGACCUGCCAUCAUCACAGGCGGUUCCAGUGAAGGCCAACUUUUCAAGCCUUUUUGAGCAUUUUGGCUAUUCACCUCACACGCAUCCCAGUGCAUCUGGCCGCUUCUUGUGCCUGGUGCUGGAAGAUGGCCAGGCGUGCUCUGAGCUGGAAGCACGUGUCACAAACAGUGAUGCGAGACUUGUCCAGGCCUGGCUUCGUUGCUGCGUUGGGGUGGAGCCACCGAACUCUGAGAUGACUCGACUCUCGCGGAUUGUGCUAGGCCGCAAGGAGUUUGCCAACUACAACAGCUUGGUGGGCACCGUGGUACCUUCCGACGAGGUGACGGCGCAUGACGACCUUGUUGUCUACUUCCUGGACUGCCUGGCGCAGUACGCCGACAUCGUCUCUGCAAUGGACGGCAUCUCGUCGCUGGCUCAGCUGAGGCAGAGCCUUGCCGGCUAUCUCAGAGAUUUUGUUGCUGUGGCAACGGCUCAGCUGCGGAACAGCGCUGCAGCCACGGCAACGCGUGACAGCCUAGGCAACGUGUACCACCUUUGUGGCCAGCUGUUUCGGUUGUGUGCUGGCCUCAUCUAUACCAGGGGCAUGGCAGACUGUGUGCUUCCGAGGCUGCUGGACUCUUUGAUCUUGCCCGGUGCACUGUAUGCUGGGAAGCUCAUCCCCCAGGCCCAGCUGGCUGCCAUCAAGCAGCACCUGCCCUUGUUCAUCUGUGGACUCUUGUCACUGAACCCACAGACAGAUGCCUACAUUGAGAGAAAGUUGAAGGACAUCGUGGUCCACUACCUGCCACUUUUCCCAACGCAAACACAAAGCUCCAUUCACCACACUGGAGAGCAUCCACUUCUGGCAACACUCGAGAGCUGCGGAGGAGCGUGCCGUGCUGCUGCAGAGAGGAGGGCGGCAUACGUUGGCUUUCUCCUGGACUUCAUUCAAAGGCACUUCAUGGCCAAGAAGAGUGUGUCAGGAACUCACCUCAAUCAGGCUCUUCGGUUCCUGCUAGAACUGCUAAAGCACUUGGCCCCCUUGAAGAAAGAUUGCACGAGCGUCUUGCAGUCAGGAUUGCCCAACCUGCUGAAGAGCCUCAGCAUGCUGAGUGGUGAUGCCAGAACAAACCGAGAACUGAUGUCUCAAGUUACACGUGCUGUGACGAUGUUCUCUACGGCCAUGGCUGUCCCAAGGUGAAGCAAGCGGUUGACUCUGCAAAAGGAGUUGGGCUGCUUCGUGCAUGACGCACAGUUUGAUUGCUGCUACUGUGUAGACAGUUAUCUCAUCUACCUGCAAGACAUCGUUCUUCCGAGAGCUCGAGUUUAAUAACUGCUCCAACUGUCGCCUUGCCUUCCUUUGAUGUUGGUACCGUGGUACUAAGUAUGAUCUUUCUGAAUGCUCUGAGCGCUGGUACCUGAAGAACUAUGUGAUACAAUGUAAAAAGUGUGCUGUACAGAUUUAAGCUUGCCGCACAGCACGUGUACAGCAUGGUACAUGGCAUCAAGUCUGUAAAUGUUCAUAAGUAAACCGUUACUCAGACUUUCACCUUU